CAGGCGCACCGCGGGCGGCUGCUAUGGCGCUGCCUGGCCCCCUGAACAGGUAUCUGCUGCUCAUGGCGCAAGAGCACCUGGAGUUCCGCCUGCCGGAGAUAAAGUCUUUGCUUUCACUUUUUGGAGGUCAGUUCAUCAGUAAUCAAGGAACUUAUGGAAAGUCUCCUUUUUGGAUUCUUAGCAUUCCCUCUGAAGAGAUUGCCAGAAAUUUAAUGAAACGGACAGUGUGUGCCAAGUCCAUAUUUGAACUGUGGGGUCAUGGAAGAUCUUCAGAGGAGCUGUAUAGUUCUCUUAGGAGCUACCCUGUGGAGAAGAUGGUUCCAUUUCUGCAUUCAGAUUCAACGUAUAAAAUAAAGAUUCAUACAUUUAAUAAAACAUUGACACAAGAAGAAAAAGUCAAACGAAUAGAUGCACUUGAGUUUCUGCCAUUUGAAGGAAAAGUGAAUUUAAAGAAGCCACAGCAUAUAUUCUCUCUUUUGGAGGAUUAUGGUUUGGACCCAAACUGCAUCCCUGAGAAUCCACAUAAUGUUUAUUUUGGUAGAUGGAUUGCAGAUGGACAGAGGGAGCUUAUCGAGUCAUACAGUGUCAAAAAGAGACAUUUUAUUGGAAAUACAAGCAUGGAUGCUGGUUUAUCAUUUAUCAUGGCCAACCAUGGAAAAGUGAAAGAAAAUGAUAUUGUCUUUGAUCCAUUUGUUGGAACAGGUGGGCUUCUGAUAGCAUCUGCUCAUUUUGGUGCAUAUGUGUAUGGGACAGACAUAGACUACAACACAGUUCAUGGCUUGGGAAAGGCUAGUAGGAAAAACCAGAAAUGGAGAGGACCAGAUGAAAACAUUAGGGCAAAUCUUCGUCAGUAUGGUUUAGAGAAGUAUUACCUUGAUGUCCUGGUUUCAGAUGCAUCUAAGCCUUCCUGGAGGAAGGGCAUGUAUUUUGAUGCAAUCAUCACUGAUCCUCCAUAUGGAAUCAGAGAAUCUACAAGAAGAACAGGUUCACAGAAGGAAAUACCGAAGGGGAUGGAAAAAUGUCCAGAAAGCCACGUUCCUGUUUCCUUGAGUUAUCAUCUGAGUGAUAUGUUUUUUGACCUGUUAAACUUUGCAGCUGAGACCCUCGUAUUAGGUGGAAGACUAGUCUAUUGGUUACCUGUGUAUACACCAGAAUACAUUGAAGAGAUGGUUCCCUCGCACCCUUGCCUGAAACUCAUUAGCAACUGUGAGCAGAAGCUUUCCAGUCACACAUCAAGGCGCUUGAUAACAAUGGAAAAGGUGAAGAAGUUCGAGGUUCCUGCUGGGAACUCUCCAUCUGCUGCUGCCAGCAGGGUGUCCCUGUUUCCAGAACUUGUCAUCGAGGACCUGCCAGCAUUCAUGGGCAUCGUCUUCUCUGGUUAUUGGAGACUUCCAGGGAACAGUUUUCCUUUUGUUUUGGAAGGCUGUGAUUGUGGACAUGAGGGGAGAGAUUGACUACAGUGAUAUUUUUGGUUUCUGUAGAUGAAGCAGGCUUCUUCCCAGGUUCACUGAAACAAAAAAGGAUCUGUCUGAAAUGUCCUCUUGAAAUUACCUUUAUUUCUGAAGAGUCCAACAGAGGAAUUAAGAUAUGGCUACUUCCCAACUGGUCCCUCCGGGAGACUUUGGGGUCAUUAGAGAGUUCUACAAAAGCAGAAUCACAUGAAUCAAAAGAAAACCAAACAUACCGAUGGUGCAUUAAGUAGUAGCCAUGGGCUCCCUUUCCUUUUCUGAGUUCUCUGGAUGGAAGCUAAAAUAAGAAGACAGUGACCGAGAUGUGCUUCCUGCCAGAGAAUGAAGGGACUUGCCCUUUCUUUCUGAGAUUCUCUUCUCAGAAUCAAAGGACAUGCUGGUUUCUGUCGGAUUUCCAGUUGUUGCUGGUGGUUGGAGUCCAGAGAACUCUGGAAGUGUGCAAGGCUGACCUUGCUGCACAGACCUCCCUUCUCUGGUUUUCUCUCUUUUUGCCCUCUCUCAUGUGUCUGGUACUUUCAUGUGUUCUCUUUUUCCAAAAUGUGAAUAAAAAGUGACUUUGAGAUCUUGCAUUCAUCCUAAGGGAGAGAUGUUUGCCACACCAGACGGAUUCACGAGAUGAGAAACAUAAAAUAAAGGAAUGAAACCCUGAAGGUAGAAUUCCAGGAAUUAGCCAAUUGGUGGGAGAGUUUGAGUGGUUUUCUCUCCUUCGUUCCCUUCUCCCUUCCUCCUCCCUUCCUAUGGAAGUCAGAGACCAAGUGCCUGUCUUCCAGGAGCUUACAUUCUACUUGGUGACACCAACACACAUAAGCCAAACUUGAGCAAUAAUGACAAUAUAACAGCACCAUUUAUUCAGCAUUUACUUAAACAAUGUUUUAAGCUUCUUAUAUCUAUCACAUUUAAUCCUUAAAACAGUUCUGUGAUGUGGGUAGUAUUAUUGACCACAUUUGUACAGAUGGGGAAGCAGAGGCUUAGAGAGAUUAAGAGCUUGCCCAACACCACACACCUACUAAGUGGAAGAGCCAGGCUGGUCUGGCUUCCAGCCACUAGGCUCAUUCAGCCCUAUGCUGUGCCUCACAGGGCACAGUCAUUCUGGUUGUAGGAGCAGGAAAUAAAACCCCAGUGAAGGAAACUUUGUGGAGGUGAUGGGACUUGAGUCUGUGAAGGAUGUAUGGAAGAAGUGGGCAAGUGGGUGUCACUGAUGGCCUUAUUAUGACCUCAACGCUGAUCAGUUCUUUGCCUGCAGAAGCAAUAGUCAUUCUUAUCACCAUACGUGAGUGUUUGGAGUGUAGUAGUUUUCCACUCUCAGUGGAAACUGGUUAUCAUUAAUCACUACAAGCAGCCCUGUUUCCUCUGGGGGUCUUCUUUCAGAUGUCGAUAAAUCUUCCUAAUUAGCUGUAAAAAUCAUGAAAAGUAGACAUCACGUUUUAAUCGUAAGCCAAACAGAGGAUUGGCAUUCAUAUGAUAGCUUGAAUUCUUAUUUUCCUUUUCCAAAUUGCUUUGAGUUUAUGACAUUUUUAGUAGAUCUCCUGCAAGUCUCAGAGCUCAGGAUUGCAAAAGCUAUGAAUUGUUUUCAGUAACUCAAUCACAGAAGAGAAAAGCAAAAACAAAAAAAAGCAUUGACACAUUGUCAGUGGUUUAUUUUCCCACGUGUUGGUGGGAUAUUAAAGAUCUUUGCAGAUAAUUCAAUGCAGGCCUGGUUCUAAGAAUAAAAGCUGGCAUACUGAUCAGUGAGGGAGAAUUGUUUUUUCUCAAAAGCUACGGUGAACUCUUCCAAGACUUGGGAAGAGUGCGGGAUUAGAAGUCACACUAUCUUUAGUGUUAAGACGUAGCAUCAGAACAGGUUCAGAACAGAAUGGCCACAGCUGGAAAAAUCAAGACUCAGCUGAAGUUUUCUCUAUGUCAUUGGCUAUCAGCGGUUCUCAAACUUCAGCAUGUAGCAGAAUCAUUUGGAGGGUUUGUUUCAACACAGAUUGCUGGGUCCUGGGCUGCAGUUUCUGCCUCAGUAGGUCUUGGAUAGGACCUGAGAUCUGCACUACUGACAAGUUCUUGGGUUAUGCUGAUGCUGCUGGGGCAGGUACCAAAUUUUGACAGUCUAACUUCCAAUCCCAGCUCAAUGCUAUCCAGUUGUGUAACCUGAGCCCUUCUCAGUGUCUUUCUUUGACUCAACAGCACCUACUCCAGAGCAAGUUCAGGAAGUGCUUUAAGAACCACUGUGAUGUAUCUAAUAGCAUCUGCUGGGAUCCCAGCUGAUAAAAAUAUUUAUUUCAUUCUUCCUUCCAGUUUGGUGGGAUCUGCUUUGCUUGAAACUUUGAUGGGGAUUUUCUAUUUCUGGGGAUCUCUGAAGAUGAACUAAUGCUGUUCUUCAGCAUCAGGUCAUGCGGUGCAUGCCUCUGAGUUGGAUCCUCAUAUGAGUAUAGAAGCUGCAACGUUGAACCUAGUAACGAAGCCUGAUAAUUACUUUCAGCACUUAUGUUUUGAAGUGAAAACACAGUUGUUUUUGAAAGU